AGGGAGUAGAGUACAGAUUUGAACAAUGGUGUUGGUGUAUAGGAUAAUAAUAAAGAAUAAAUAAUACGGCACACUUUCCAUUUCAUGCUAAAAGAUAAAAAAAAAAUGAAGCUAGCUUUAUCAGUUAGAUACAUGGAGUGAAGUAAGAAACUAAGAACAGAGAGAAAGAGAGAAAGAGAAAGAAAAGAAAAAGUCGGUUUCUUUUUCAUUUUUACUCCUGGCUCGGAAGUGUGUACAGUGGGUAAGAAGAAAGAACAUGAAAGAGAAGAAAUACACUCUAUAAUUCGACUUCUCAAUAACUUUUGAUCUCGCGUGUUAUAGAAAAAGGCCCACUUCAGAUUUGUCCAGUACUUUUUCUUUCUUUUUCUUUACCUUUUGCAGAUUUUGGUUCUAGAGUUUUGGAUUAUGUGGCGAAUUUAAGUAGGAAAACUAGAAUUUGUAACAAAAGUUAAAUGCUCGAUAGAUUUCCUGAUGUGGGUUGGUGAGUGACUGAGCCUUUUGCUUUGUUCAGCGCCUAAACAAAAUUUUGAAAAAGAAAUAUGGCUUUUUUGUUUUCUUUGGUAUUUUUCAUGGAGCUCUGCUGUAAAUAACAAAUGAGAUGUAAUGAGAUGCUCUUAGUUUCAAUCAUGGUGUUUUUAAGUGUGGGUUUUUGGGAUAUUUGAAGAUGGGUUUAUCAUCUGUUGUUUUUUAGAUGUAUUUUUGUUAUUGAUCACAUGGGUUCGGUUAUUGAAGAGAAGAUUAAGACAACAUCGGCAGCAACAGCUGGGUUGAUUAAUAUGGCUGCACAACCUACUAAAGAAGAGAUGAAGGCUUUGAAAGAAUUUCAAGAUCAGUCUGAGGCAAAAAAGAGUAUAAAUUCAGAGUUAUGGCAUGCUUGUGCUGGGCCACUGGUUUCAUUACCUCAAACUGGAAGUCUCGUACUCUACUUCCCUCAAGGUCAUAGUGAGCAGGUAGCGGUUUCUACGAAAAGAGCAGCGACAUCACAGAUACCGAAUUACCCAGGCCUCCCAUCUCAGUUGACGUGUCAAGUUCACAAUGUCACAUUACAUUGCGAUAAAGAAACAGAUGAGAUUUUUGCGCAAAUGACUCUUCAGCCGGUGAAUUCUGAAAAGGAUGUGUUUCCAUUUCCCGAUUUUGGAGUAAAAAUCAACAAGCAUCCAACGGAGUUCUUCUGCAAGACACUAACAGCAAGUGAUACAAGCACACAUGGUGGUUUUUCAGUGCCCCGUAGGGCAGCAGAAAAGCUGUUUCCUCCAUUGGAUUAUUCAAUGCAACCCCCAACUCAGGAGCUUAUAGUGCACGAUUUGCAUGAUAAUUCGUGGACGUUUCGUCACAUAUAUCGCGGGCAGCCAAAGCGACACCUUCUCACAACUGGAUGGAGUGUCUUUGUGGGUUCAAAAAGACUAAAAGCCGGUGAUGCUGUUCUGUUUAUUAGGGAUGAGAGGUCACAAUUAAUGGUGGGUGUGAGGCGUGCAAAUCAUCAACAAACAAAUUUGCCAUCAUCUGUACUCUCUGCUGAUAGCAUGCAUUUUGGAGUCCUCGCUGCUGCAGCUCAUGCUGCAGCUAAUCGAAGCCCAUUCACCAUAUUCUACAAUCCGAGGGCAUGCCCUUCAGAAUUUGUCAUUCCAUUGACCAGAUUCCAAAAGGCCGUAUAUGGCACACAGGUUUCUGUUGGAAUGAGAUUUGGUAUGAUGCUUGAAACCGAGGAGUCUGGUAAGCGCAGGUACAUGGGCACAGUUGUAGGUAUUAGUGACUUGGAUCAUUUAAGAUGGCCUAAUUCUAAAUGGCGUAAUCUUCAGGUGGAAUGGGAUGAAGCUGGAUGUGGUGAUAAGCAGAAUAGGGUUAGCUUAUGGGACAUAGAGACUCCUGAAAGCCUUUUCAUUUUUCCGUCCCUGACUUCAAAUCUCAAACGACCAGUACACUCUGGAUUUGGAGAGAAUGACUGGGGAAAUCUGUUCAAGAGACCUUUUGCUCGUGGCCCUGAAAACGGAACUGGUGCUUUCUCGUACUCCUCGUUUCCCAGUCUCCUGAAACCCCCAGCUGCUGGCCCCAUCGGAGCCAUGUCUGCGGGAUACCUUCCACCUUGUGUUACUAGAGGAACUCCUCUGCUAGUGGGAGAAUCAUCUGUAAAACCUUUUGCUUCCCAAAAAUCUCAGUUUCUUUCAAUAGAUGGCACUUCACUUCAAAAUCAUAAUUCUUGUCAGAACAUCCUUGAUGUGCCUCAGAUUUUGAAAUCAAAUUUGUUACCACAAACACAUGCACGUGAAAAUAUCAAUCCUCCUUUCAAAGUUGAAAGUCAAUCGUCUCCCAAACCACAAAGUGAGAAACCAGAAACACGGCCUGUGGUGGUAUCAGAUCAGCUGAAUCAAUCGGCUUCCUCCUCCAAGUGCACUGAAGACAAGUUGGAUGGCUCUAUGAAUUCUCAUACCCUCGUAAAUCAAAUGUUACAUCCUAACCAAGGCAUGUUAUUGCCGCAAACAAGUCAACAAUUGGAGCCGAAUACGCUCCUUCAACAUCAGAUUGAUACCCUCCCUUUUGAUGCAAGUAAUGCAACUGGCUUACUUCCGUAUCCAAUGAACCUCUCAUCAUCUCAGUACUUGGAUAAUGAUGAUUGGAUGUUGCACUCCGGUCAGUCUCUUGCAGGAAUUCUUAGAUCACCAGCACCACCAUCUGGAUGUGGUUUAGAAGACCUCCCAAUGCUGUAUUCAGAAAUGGGUAAUGUAGCAGCAACUUCAUUGGGUCAAGAAACUUGGGCUUCUCAGCUGAACUAUUUAAGAUACUUAUCUCAAGAACAAGAACUCACCCCAUGCCUUCAGAGACUUCCAACUACUCUUCAGGGUUUCUCAAAUUCAGGUGUUGGACUCAAAGACCUCUCUGGGGAUAGCAAGAAUCAAUGUGAGAUUUAUAGUGUUCAUUUUGAAUCAAGCAAUGGAGGAAGCACUAUUAUAGAUCCUUCUGUGUCGAGCACCGCCUUCGACGGAAUUGGCUCAUUGGGGAUUGAAGGGUUCCAGAGUUCUAAUUGCUUAGUUGGUAACUUCAGUUCAAACCAAGAUGUUCAGUCUCAGAUUACCACAGCAAGCAUGGUAGAUUCUCAAGCCUUCUCUCUCCAAGAACUUCAGGACAAUUCAGGAGGUACUUCAUCCAGCAAUAUAGAUCUCGAUGACACUGGCCUCUUACAGAAUGGCUCAUGGCAGCAAAUAUCCCCACCUCUAAGAACGUAUACAAAGGUCCAAAAGGUAGGAUCCGUUGGGAGAUCAAUUGAUGUUACAAGGUUUAAGAACUACGAUGAUCUCAGAUCUGCUAUAGCUUGCAUGUUUGGCCUCGAUGGUAUGCUUGAUGAUCCAAGAGGUUCAAGCUGGAAGCUUGUAUAUGUAGAUUACGAAAAUGACGUGCUUCUUGUUGGUGAUGAUCCGUGGGAGGAGUUCGUUAGCUGUGUCCGUUGCAUCCGAAUUUUGUCUCCUUCAGAAGUUCAGCAAAUGAGCGAAGACGGAAUGAAUCUAUUAAGUAAUACGGUAGUGUAGUGUGGAAACUAUAAGAGGAGCACGCCCAGGCCCUAGCUAAUUUCCUUGACUUGACCAGAUUUGCCAAGUAAGAAUUAAGAGCCCGUAAUUAACCUCUGAGUUGCAAUUAAUUGUCAUCAAGAAUAAUAAACCUUUAGCAUCUCCAAGUCACUUUUGGAUUCAGCUCAUGUGUUCAUACAGACUUGGUAUCAGUCAAUAUAGCUAGGGAAAUUGGCUGUCACCCCUCAAAAGCUCUCAUCUCUGUGGUAGAUAGUUUAGUUAGUUGACAUGUUGGGGAUCUAUAAUAUUUGUCAUAUUGUUGUUGCUCUUUGUUUCUUCUACAUCAUAUAUAUAUAUAUAGUGAUAUUACCGGUAUGUAAUGGUGAUACGUCGACUGUUACAAUGGUAAUAUAUAUAUGUGAGGUCAGCUAGAUACUUCUCAUCUUUAUGAAAGUAA